CCCACACAGACCCCCCCUGGGCUGAGCCCCUCGGCGGGGCCGUUCCUGCACAUGGCUGUGUCCUUCACCCACCGACACCUCGCGCUCUUCUCCGAGUCUGGCACCGUCUGGAUGGGGAUGGCCUCGCUCAAGGAAAAAUUCUGCGAGUUCAGCACCGGCAUCCGCUCCCCGCCCAAGCAGAUGGUUUGGUGCACGCGGCCCCGCAGCCGGCAGCGAGCCGUGGUGCUGGCCUGGGACCGGCAGCUGAUGGUGGUGGGCAAUUCCUCGGAGUGCAUCCGGUAUCCUUUGGGAAAAGGGAACCCUCCUGGUGCUGCUGCCACCUCCUCUGUCACCCACACCGGUGUCCUGGGUGUCCCCUUGGCCAGCCAGGAGAUUUUCCGGAUCGCCUCCAUGGCUCCGGGCGCUCUGCUSCUCGAGGCACAGAAGGAAUACGAGAAGGAGAGCCAGAAAGCCGAUGAGUACCUGCGGGAGAUCCGGGAGCAGCAGCUGCUGCCCGAGGCCGUGGGCCAGUGCAUCGAGGCUGCGGGCUACGAACACGAGCCAGAGACACAGAAAUCCCUGCUGAGGGCGGCUUCGUUUGGGAAGUGCUUCCUGGACAARUUCCCCCCGGAGGGUUUCGUGCGCAUGUGCCAGGACCUGCGGGUCCUCAACGCCAUCCGUGACUACCAGAUUGGCAUCCCGCUGACCUUCACUCAAUACAAACAGCUCACCAUCGAGGUGCUGCUGGACAGUGGCCCAGAGGGGACACAGACAGGCCACCCUGGGGUGACACCCCUGUCCCCUGCACAGCUCCUGGAGUACGAGCCCCGCUCCGGGGAGCAGGUGCCGCUGCUGCUGAAGAUGAAACGGAGCAAACUGGCCCUGGGAAAAGCCAUCGAGAGUGGGGACACCGACCUGGGAUCUCACCUGGGAAAUGACGUGUCCAUGUGCUGUGUCCGUGCCGUGUCCAUGCCAUGUCCGUGCCAUGUCCGUGCCGUGUCCCAGCGGAUCGAGGGGCGCGUGGCAGCCCUGCAGAACGCCCUGGAUGAGUUCUACAAAGCCAAGAACGACUUUGCUGCCAAGGCCACUGAGGAGCAGAUCAAGCUGCUGCGGCUCCAGCGGCACCUGCAGGAGGACCUGGACAAGCCCUACCUGGACCUGUCCCUGCACGACACCGUCUCCACCCUCAUCCUGGAYGGGCACCACAAACGCGCCGAGCAGCUCUACCGGGACUUCAAGAUCCCGGAUAAGAGGUACUGGUGGCUGAAGAUCAACGCCCUGGCCACCCGUGGGGACUGGGAGGAGAUGGAGAAGUUCUCCAAGAGCAAGAAGUCGCCCAUCGGGUACCUGGUGAGAGCUUCUCCUGCUGGGGGGCAGCAGCCUCCUCUCCACUGUCCUUCCAUCCUCUUCCUCCCCUCUCCAGCCCUGCCAUCCUCAUCCUUCCAUCCCCUUCCUCUCCUCUCCAACCCUGCCAUCCUCUUCCUCCCCAUUCCUGUUCUACCAUCCCCUUCCUCCCCUCUCCAGCCCUCCCAUCCCCUUUCUCUCCAUUCCCACUUAACCAUCCUCUUCCUCCCCAUUCCAGCUCUCCUCUCCUGUUCCUCUUCUCUCAGCCCUGCCAUCCUCUUUCUUCCAUCCUCUUCCUCCCCAUUCCAGCUCUCCCAUCCCUUUUAACCCCUCUUUAGCUCUCCCAUCCUCUUCCUUCUCCAACCCUUCCAUCCUCUUCCUCCCUCUCCAUCUCUCACCAUCCCCUUUCUCCUUCUCCAGCCAUCCCAUCCUCUUCCUCCCAUCCUCUUCCUCCCC